UCAGAAAUGCCUUCGCCUCAUUAGUCGCCGUGGCCGCCCGGUGUGUUUCCGCCGCAGUGACACGGACUGCCAUGCUCGCGUCCAACGCGAGCCUCGGCGGCUGCGCGGAGUUCAACAGCGCCCUGUGCGCCGGAGCCGGGGAAGGGCAGCCGGGGGGCGGUUCGCUCCGGACCACCCUCAGCCCGACGGGGCACCUGGUCGUGGCCGUGUGCCUCGGCUUCAUCGGAGCGUUCGGACUCCUCAACAACCUGCUGGUGCUGGUUCUGUUCUGCCGCUACAAGAUGCUGCGCUCCCCCAUCAACCUGCUGCUGAUCAACAUCUCCGUCAGCGACCUGCUGGUGUGCGUGCUCGGGACUCCGUUCAGCUUUGCGGCCAGCACGCAGGGACGCUGGCUCAUAGGAGCGGAGGGAUGCGUGUGGUACGGCUUCGCCAACUCCCUCUGCGGCAUCGUGUCCCUGAUCUCCUUGGCUGUCCUCUCCUAUGAGCGCUACAGCACCAUGAUAACCCCGACCGAGGCCGACUCCUCUAACUACCGCAAGACCUCCCUCGGCAUCCUUUUGUCCUGGGUCUACUCUCUCUUAUGGACCCUUCCACCGCUCUUUGGCUGGAGCCACUACGGUCCAGAGGGCCCCGGAACCACCUGCUCAGUCGACUGGACAGCAAAGACGGCGAAUAACAUGUCUUACAUCAUCUGCCUGUUUGUGUUCUGCCUCAUCGGACCUUUCCUGGUGAUCGUCUACUGCUACGGGAAGCUGUUGUACGCCAUCAAACAGGUGAGCGGGAUCAACGCGUCGCUGAGCAGGAAGCGCGAGCAGCGCGUCCUGCUCAUGGUGGUGAUCAUGGUGAUCUGCUACCUGCUCUGCUGGAUGCCGUACGGGAUCAUGGCGCUGUUGGCCACCUUCGGGCCGCCCGGCCUGGUCACGCCCGAGGCGAGCAUCAUCCCAUCGGUCCUGGCCAAGACGAGCACCGUCAUCAACCCGGUCAUCUACGUCUUCAUGAAUAAACAGUUUUACAGAUGUUUCCAAGCCCUGCUGCACUGUGAAGCUCCUCGCAGAGGCUCCAGCAUUAAGAGCUCUUCCAAGGCCGCAACCAAAGCUGUGAAGGGAGUGACCGGCCCCCGCCGGACCAACGACUUGUUGUUUAUGGUCGCCUCUCUGGGCCAACCGGCGGCCACUGUACCCCAGCUGGACCCGUCCUGUGAACCGACCAUUGACCUCACCAAAGCCCCGUUGUCUUACAACCAACCUGUGGUUGUGGUUUCACUGGUGGCCCACUCUGAGGGCUGACACUUGGCUAUUGCCGUGAAAACGUCAAAUCCCUGUCCUGGAAAUCAUUAACAAUGUUGUAGGGCUGUGAACAUCAUCUCUGCCUCGGCCUGCCUGGUGGUAGACUGGUAACCAAGGGAAACCGUGAAAUGCCUCUGGAUAAUGUGAGCAAAAACCCACUGCAGUGAACACACAGAACCUUUGAGGCCUUUGUUAAUCUGCAGAGCACUUGACUUUUAAACUUCUCUUUCAAAUAAGCAUACAAGAAAAAAGGAGAAUUAUCUGGAUCAUUCAAAGGGCCUUAUGUGUUUUGAAGCUGAACAUUGACUGAGGUAUAUUUUUCGAAUGACUCAAAGUAUUUUAAAGUUUUGUUACUCAGAGGUAAAGUUUUCACAAAAUGUUUGAGCACAAGAAAAAUACUGUACAAAUUAUUUUAGACCUUUAAUUUUUUAAAGCUUUUAUCUUGCUGCAAUUUCGCAGAAGGACUUCAACCUGCAUCAAACAACCUGAUUCUAAAUAGGGACUUACUCUAUAUGUAGCACUGCUGAUGUAGCAUGCUAACAUUAAAGUUCCUCCGGUGCAACCUG